UGUCCAUUUUCAUCCCAUCCGGGGUGAAGCAGAACUACAGAAGAAGCGGAACACAAUCCGUGAGAGGCAGACAAAAUAGAUAACGGGAGUUUUGGCCACAGACUAUGACACACUUUCGAGGUCAGAUUCGGGGGCCACACUGGGGACCUACAAUGGACAACAUGCUGAUAGAUUUCUGGCGCAGACAUGACUGCCUUUUUAAUUCCUCGGUGGAUUCUUACUACGACAAGGAUUUGAAGACAAAGCUGUGGAGCGAGUUCGCGAUGUCCAUCGGAAAGCCUGUUUCUGAUGUUGAGAGAAGAUCAAGAUCGCUCCGGACUCAGUACGGGAGGGUGUUGUGGCAUCCCGAGAGGGUCAGCACUGUCCAGCAAAAGAUGCUUAGGGAGAAGCUUGAUUUCUUGAGGCCUUACAUAGUUCGCCGCCGAGGUGAUUUGUAUCUGGAAGAAAAGUUUGAUGAUCGGGAGGAGGACGAUGAGGAGUUGGAGACUGAGGGAAGUAUUGACCAGGAGAUGGGAAGCUCCUUUGGUAGCCCGCUGGAUGCUGAUGGGACUGGGCAAGAUCUGUAUGAUGAACCCCAGCCUGUUGCCUCCAACCCAAACCCUGCUCCCCUGCACUGUCCAAACCCGCAGCCUCAAGUUGCAGAGGUCAUGUCUUUAAGCUGUCCACACCGUCAUAUUGACGAGGGUUCUUCUGAUCCGCCCGACCAAACAGCUGCACCAAACACAUCCAAACAUGACAUUCUACACCAGUUUGCAGAGGUUAUGCUGAUGGAUAUGCGUCAGAUCAAAGACCCCAUGGUGCUCAUGAGACUUCGCCGAGAUAUCACAGACCUGGUGUUCAGAGCAGUGGAGGAGGACGUGCAGAGACAGUGCGUUCGAGUGCCAUCAGUGCCCGUGCUGGGGGACGGCACACAGUUAGAGAGCUGUUCCAGGCCCCAACAGGCGCGUUCACAGACGGACCACUCUUGGAGGCAGAGGCUUUUGAAGAGGAAGAACAAAGGGUGCGAGAUCGGAAGGAGGAUGCAGAGAUGGGAGGAGAUGAAGCAUGCGAGGAGGCUAUCCAGGAAUCAGUUACUGCAGCCCGUCCAGCAAGGCCAAGCACUGGAGAGGAUGAGUGAAAGCGGCUCUCACGUUGUUAUUCAGGCUUCUGACAUCAAGAGAGAGACAGAGCCACACGUGGUUAAGAUUGAGGAGGAGACACACACCAUUGGCUUGAAAUUUUAGAUACAGAGUUGCCACUAUUUUUCCUGACUGCAGUCAUCUGAGACAGUAAGUGUAUGUUAUAAAUGUCUCUUGGAAGAGGAAGAGACUUGGAACGCUUAAAUCAGUUAAGUUCGGCCUUGUACGUUGCCCUCUUUGCCAUACAUUCCUGACAUUUAUUAUGUAUUAGCACUUAGUAGCACUUUGAAGAGAAUUUCAACAAUUAUCCAUAUUUAUAUGUGACUAUUACUGGGAUAGAGAGGUGUUAAGGACUUCAAGACACUACAUUAACAUCAGAAAUCAAAGCAGUUUUCUGCCUUUUCAAACACAAGAUGCGCAGUUUCUAAUGAAAAUAUGCCUUUCAUAAACAAUUGAGACUACUGGAUACUUGGUCUGUACGUUGAGUGUGGUAUUUAACAUGGAAGUAGCCUAACUUUUGGAUAUCGUUCAGCCAGAAAACUCACAGCCUUUCAAGUACAACAAAGUUAUGGAUUUCUCUGAGCUGUAAGACUGUGGACGCUGUAUGACCCAACUCCAACAGAUGACGCCUAAUUGAUGUUUUGAUGUUCCGCUCCUAUUAAAGAGAAAAUACCUGCUUCCAA